AUAGAAAUGAAUGAAUUCCUCAAAAAUGUCUUAUACUAAAAGACAGGGAGUAUUAUAAUCAACCACCGAAAUAAAUCUAUCAUUAAACAAUGACAAGGGAAAAUGGUGGACAUUUUACAUUGUUUAACAAAAGUUGACUUGAAUAUUAAAUAUUGACCUGUUGCAAAUUAAAAAGGGGUGAUUGUCUUACGAAGAGGACAAGAGAACUUGUUAUUGCCUCCUCUCCCUAUCUCUUUCUCUCUAAAAUUUCCCAACUAUGAGUUGCAAUAAGCUCAUUAGUUUUACUUUUCAGCAACUAAGUAAAAGACGAUUUCAUGGCACUGCCCAAACAAGUUCAAGAUAUUGGAGAGGUCUUGUUGAGAAAGAGUUAAAUAGUGGAAACAUUGAAGAAAAAAAUGAGAGUGUAUGCAUAUACAAGGUUCCACCAAACAUGCUCAAUGUAGAACCAAAAGCCUACAUACCCAAUAACAUCUCAAUAGGUCCUUAUCAUUAUGGAUCACAACACUUGCAAGAGAUGGAAAUUCUCAAAAACAAAUUCUUUCACCGUCUUUUCGAUCCUAAUGGUGCUAAUGGAACCAAAUUAGAAGAGGCAUGUAAGUUUCUUGAGAAAGAAGAAAUCAAUGCUAGAAGUUGUUACAAGGGUGACAUCAAAUUAAGCAGCGAUGAGUUUCUAAAGAUGAUGUUGGUUGAUGGUUCUUUCAUCAUUCAACUCUUGAGGGAUUUAUCAGAUAACAAUUUCAAACAUGUUCCAUCUCUUAGUAGAUGGAUGUUACCAACCAUUCGUCGCGAGUUGAUAAUGCUGGAAAACCAACUUCCUAUGUUUGUUUUAACAAAGUUGUUCGAGUUAACCGAUAAGACGAAUAGUUCUCAACCACAAAUGAGUUUCUACAAUCUCGCCUUCAAAUUCUUCUACCAAUUGCUUCAAUCCGAGUCACGAAAAACCCCUGAAUGUCAAACUGCUUACAAGUUCAAAAUUGAACAUGUUCUUGAUCUUCUCAGAUACAACAUAAGACCGAAACUCAUCGGUGAAGAACCGAGAGGGUCUCAGAGUCAAAUGAUUCAUUCAAUAACAGAACUGAAAGAAGGGGGUGUGAAAAUUAUAGCUUGUGAGGAGAGAGAAUUGUUGGAUAUAAGCUUUGGAAAAAAAUGGGGAAUUAUGAUAAAGGAACUAAGUAUGCCACCGGUUUACAUCGGUGAUCAUAGAGGAACCGUGUUUCGUAACAUGGUUGCAUUUGAGAAAUGUCACAAGAGAUGUAAUCCAGACAUGACAACUUACAUGUUUUUCUUAAACAGGCUCAUAAAUUCAGCUGAAGAUGUUUCUGUUCUUCAUUAUAAAGGGAUUAUUCAUCAUUCUUUAGGGAAUGAUGAACAUGUGGCAGACUUAAUCAACAACAUAGCUAAGGAUAUUGUUCCUGAUAUGAAUGAGUCCUAUUUGUACAAAGUCGUAAAUGAGGCGAAUGAGUAUCUGGGUUGUUGGCGCGCGAGAUUCAGGGCUUCACUAGUUCAUAACUAUUUAACAAGUUGGGCUGUUGGACUUUCAACAGUAGGUGCUCUUUUGGUUCUUUACUUUACAUUCAUACAAGCAAUUUGUGGGUUCGCGGAUGCAUACGCAAAAUUGGAGAAGGCUAAGUUCAGUACAGUGAUAAGAGGUUUGCUUAUUGUUCCAUUUCAGUACCCUCCUCACUCUGCAGUAUUCCAUGAUGACAGUAAAGAACCUGAUCAUGGUUCUAAGUAAUUGAAGAACUUGACCUUGAUCGAACGACUGAGAUAUGUGUGAUUACACACAACCUUAAUUUAUUUUUUUCUUCUUUGUUGUAUUUUCUUUUAUUGUGAUUUGGUUUGUAUUCUUGUUUUAGUUUGCUAUCUCGUCAUUCAUUUAUAUUGAGUUGGAUUUACCCUAAUGAUAUAAGAUGAUAUAA